AUGGGUGAUGCGCCCCCACCACCGCCGGCUGCCGGCUUACCGAGUGGAAUAAACACCCCUCCAAUCCGCUCCCCCCACGACCCCGAACUGAUUGCGGCGACAGAUCAGGCCAUUCCGAAUGUACCCCGCCGACCCCGGCCAAGAUCCCGAUCUCCCAGAAGCCCCAGAAGGUCACCCAGAGGUCGAUCUCCGAGGGAACCUGAAAUUAUAAAAAUAAUGCCAGAUAUACCGGCCCACCAGAAAGUUUACACAGCUCCGUUCCGGAAACCAAACCCACCACCACCUGGAGCUCACGCCUCGAGACCUGGUGCAAGAAUACCCCCUGCUGGUCUCAGAGUACCACGUGAUCGGGAACUGAUUCCGGCAACUGAAGAAGCUAUUCCAGGAAGCGUCAGGACUCGAACUCCUAACAGAUCGCCGGAUCGUUCGAGAACCCCGGAUCUCUCGAAGUCGACAGUUGUCAGUCAGAAUAACGCCCCUUCACCGAGUAUGGGAAGAGUUACAGUUUCUCCGGGGCGCAGUCCGGCGCCGCAGCAACGCAGUCCAGCGCCUGCAAGAAGCCCGGCUCACGGAACAAGCACUCACAGGACAGCCUCUCAAACUCCUACUAGACAACAGCAAUGA